AUGCCGACAAAGACAGAAACAUCAGAUAAACCAACAACUACAGUCACACUUAUAUCAAUUUCGCCGACAACUACAGAAACAUCAGCUACACAUGCAACUUCAGAUACUCCUUCAGUCAUACUUACAUCAGUAACGCCGACAACAACAGAAACACUUGCGACCUCAGAUACUCCUACAUCUACACUUACAUCAAAAACGCCGACGACAACAGAAACAAAUGCGACAUCAGAUACUCCUACAUCUACACUUAUAUCAGUAACGCCGACGACAACAGAAACACAUGCGACAUCAGAUACUCCUACAUCUACGUUUUCAUCAGUAACGCCGACAACUACAGAAACAACAGUUACACAAAAGACAUCCGAAACUCCUACAUCUACGCUUACAUCAGUUAUGCCGACAAAGACAGAAACAUCAGAUAAACCAACAACUACAGGUACUUCUGUUACACCAAAAACUACAGACACUUCUGUUACAUCAACAACUACAGACUCUUAUAUAACGCCAACAACUAUAGAUAAUUUUAUUAUAUCAACAAGCACAGACUCUUUUAUUACACAAACAACUACAGACACGUCUAUAACACUAACAACUACGGACACUUCUGUUACACCAACAACUUCAGACACUUCUGUUACACCAACAACUACGGACACUUCUGUAACACCAACAACUACGGACACUUCUGGUACACAAACAACCACAGACACUUCUGUUACACCGACAACUACAGAUACUUCUGUUACACCAACAACUACAGAUUCUUCUGUUACACCAACAACUACGGAUACGUCUGUUACACCAACAACUACAGACACUAUUGUUACAUCAACAACUACAGACACUUAUAUUACGCCACCAACUACAGAUAAUUUUGUAACACCAACAAGCACAAACUCUUUUAUUACACCAACAACUACAGACACUUCUGUUACACCAACAACUACAGAUACAACAGUUACACCAACAACUACAUAUACCUCUGUUACACCAAGGACUUCAGAUAUUUUGAUUUCACAUACAACUACAGAUACCUCUGUUACACUUACGGGUACAUAUACUUCUAUUUCAUCAACAACUACAGAUACUUUUAUUACACCAACAACUACAGACGCUUCUUUUACACCAACAACUGCAGAUGCAUAUAUUGCAGAAGCAAAUAAAGAUACCUCUGUUACACUAACAACUACAGACACCUCUAUUAAACCAUCAACUACAGAUACGUCUAUUACACAAACAACUACAGACACUUCUGUUACACCAACAAUUACAGAC